UGGUAGGUUUGUGGUUGGGAAGAAAACUACAGGCGCACGAUACGUGACUGAUGAGUUCAACAAGCGUGCUGUCACUAUAAGGGAUCGGAUGUCACGUCAAGUUAGGCAUCCCAACAUUAACUUCCUGUCGUCAAACAGAUCUUGCAGUCUAUGUUUGAACUUCAUCUAGCUUGAAAGUAAAGCUCAACUCAACAAGUUACUACAAGAAUCAGAAACGCAGCCAAAAGUUAAGUUGGUUAACUAAAAUGAGGGAACUCUAAUUAUAUUCGAAGCGAAUUUUAAGUAAUAGAAGUUGCGAAAUCUCCACUAAUUCCUACCGUGGACUUAGCUACCCCUCAAAGAUUAGGCUUUGAGCUUCGAAAGUCCAGAUGGAGAGUAAAGUUUUCAACGAAGUUCCAAAUCUCGCGCCCUGUUUGGGCGAUGAUCUGAAUGGGACAAGCUUGGAUGAAUUUCUAGAGAACUGUGUAGAGAGAGAAUGGGAUGCAACGAUACAACCAGCUCAAGCUGUUCCAGGGUCCAUGCCGCACAUACCGGCGCUGGAUCCAGCAGAAUUGUUCUCCAUGAACACACUUUACCAAGCGCCCAAGAUUCCAGAUGUAACGGUGUCUGUCCAGGUUACUGGGCUCAAGGAUUCGUACGAAAAGGGACAGAGUAGACAUAAGGCCAAGUCACAGCAAAGACUAUUGAAUGGAGAAGUGAGUUUUACAGCGACAGUGUCACAUCCGCUGCAGGAUAUUUAUGUAUACGUAGAAAGAGUUCCCGAAGCAGCAAGAAUCCUCCAAGAUACCACAGGGCGCGUCCCUUUGCAGAUAAUCUGGAGGAGAGGAGACUCGAAUUCUGUCAUCUUCUCCGUAGAUCUCGACUCAGUCUACGAAACACCGGACGGUGGAAAAGUCUACGAGCUGUCGCGAGUAAAAGGCGAAGAGAGAAACAUCUUCCAUCUGGUUUUAGUGUUCCUAUUUAUGAAUGGGGUCACAAGAGAGUACUCUUCCAAGAGAUUUAGAGUUAAAAGCAAGGCUGCCUCAUCGAAACCUGAAUCACGUGACGAGUUGGAGGGCAGCACGUGCAGCAGUGAGGAUCAAGUAUCGUUUUCGUAUGAUAAUUCUCCACCAAAUAGAAAAAGAAAACGAGAUGAACUUGGUCAUGGAGAGUUCUCUCCUGGAAGCAUCAGCAGUGGAGUCGGUAGUGAAGUGUCAAAUAGUUUUUCCGAGGUCAUCACCGACCACCUAGUGGCCAAAACUGCGAUCAUUGGGGAACUCCAGAUUAACAAACCAAUGCUGACUGAACGAGGUGACAUUGCUUAUCACUUUCCCUUGGAAAAAUCCCUCAAAGACGAAAACGAGGACCUCGAAGAGGGAGACGUGAUCGGGUUUUUUGAGGACCCUGAUGGCAAGACCUAUAUUCAGAAGCUCACUUAUUUCAAUGCCAAGAAUGUAAAGCUGGCGGGUGUUAUCAGCAGAUCUGCGUAUCUUGAAGCAAAAGCUAACUUAGAAAGUGCCGAGAAAGACACAGACGAGGUCGUUUGUAUGAUUGGGAUGGUCAAAGUCAAGGUCAUGGGUCCUGUCAAGAAUGGCGAACGAAUCUACGCGUCGUUAGAAAGCCCUGGAGUCGCUGUCCCUCAGAGCAGAGUCUGUGACGUCACUUCACAAGAUUCCUUCCUUCUUGGUCAGUCCCUGGAGACUGUGGAGUGCAAAUCUAACGACAUCACAUCCCCUCAGUGUUUUGUGUCGAUCAUAUUAACUAUCAGUACUGGUCACGUGACUCGAGCCGUUAAUGACAUGCGCAGUGGGGUCAAGGAGGAUGUUAAAAGUGAAGUGAAGCAAGUUAAGAAGAAAUGCAUGAUGGGUCUUCGUCGCUGGUUAUUGGCUGGGUUUAUUCUAGCGGUUCUCAUUUCUGUCCUGUUAUAUCAGCUUUUCGCUCCAGGCACGGCCCUCAGGUACUUCAUGUGUAGCCAAGGAGCCAUUGAGGGGAGUGACCUGUACUUUACAUUUACUACUGUAGACAAACAGACUCCGCGAGUGCAUGGUAUUCAAUUUCCAUUUGCUAAAUUAAAGAAAAAGUUGGAGUUGAACUUCAACGAAAUAAGCAUCAAAGGUGCCAAGUACUACCUCAACAUAGAUCGAUGCGCCAAUGGAGGAAUUCGCCCAGUCUCCUCAACCCUCGAUGGGCUCCCUAUGGUGCGUGGGGCGGAGAUAGUAGCUGUCAACCACAAUUGCUCUCGAGUAUAUUACCAUGCAGAGAAAUGGGAGCCUUAUGACACGGCAAGAGAUAUCGUAUGCACCAACAAUGAGGAAGAGUUUGGAGAAUAACUUGCCCCAUCAGKGGAGGGGUGGGUACACAUGAGUUGAGUACCUCCACCCUCUUAGGUUUUUAUUUGACCUCAAAAGCUUGCUGGUUUGAGCUUCAUCAUUCAGUCGUAUGCAUUCCAGGCGUCUGCUCUGAAUAAUAAUUUAAUAUUCAUAUAAUGAUAAUAAUUUUAGAUUUUAUGGUUGGUAAUCGUACAUACGGAAUGAAGUGUCAUGAUUGGCUGGAAUGUGGCUUCGUGUUUUUGAUUGAAACCGAGAGAAAGCCAUCAAAGUGUGACCGUAAUUAAAUUUUCCUCGCUUGUAUCCAUCAACAUUACGUUUGUAAAGAUUUCAAAUGCAAUCUCAUUCUUUUGAUUCGAUGAGCUGACCAUUGCAUUUGGCUAUAUAAUAAUUAAAUACUCGGUACAAUACUAAAACAAAAAAAAAAACAAAACAAAAAGAAAAACAAAAAACAAACAAAAAACAAACAAACAAAUAAACAAAGAAAUUGGACCGACUUUGUCUGACCAACCAUUUCCUACACAUGUACGUAACCGACAAAAUUAUGAAAUCCGAAUGGGAAGGAUGUUAUUAGACAUUUUUAAUCGUGUAUAUAAUAUUUCUGUACAUAGAACUAAGAGGCCAUUCAUUCAAUACACUCAUCACAAUUACCUUCCAAACACAAGGAACCAUAGACUAAAUUUUUGAAAGUCAAAACCUCCUUGACACUUAAUAUCCUCUAGCUUUGAAGACUGUCAAAGUUGUAUGGGAAUAAUUUUAACUUUAACUCAAGGUAAUUUUGGUAACGCAAGUUUUAGCAAUGGCUUUCUUCUGAAGUAUUUCUUAUAAAUUUUGGCUAUGUAGACGAUGAUAUCAUAUGGGCCUGGGGCGAGUUAGGUAACGCAAGGCAGUCUGGGAAUGUUUGAUUUCAUAUUUGCGAAUCCCAGAAAGCCUUGUGCGCAUUACUCUCCCCAGUCUUGGAUAUUUAGGUAUAUAGUAUUUUGUAGUAAUAGAAAAAAUAUUAGUUAAAUAUUAAAUACUACUCAUAUCAAUACAAUUCAUAUUCCCAUUAUCGAAUGUAUUUUAUACUUGCUUAGAUGCUGCUUAUUUUAAAUAUUUAUUGAAUCAUUGGUCCUUACGUAUUUUACUUACUUGACGCUGAUUGGCUUUUGACACAAUAUGGAAGCCAUUUAGGUGCUUCAAGAAGCCAAUUAAUUGCACAUUCAAUAUCUAAAUCACACAAUUCAAACAUGCAAUGUAUUUAGAUGCAUUUUUGGAUUCGUAUGGCUAUAUUAAAGUAUCAUUAGUUGUUUUAUAUUUUGACAUUUUAUCAUUGUAAUAUGCAUUGUGAUUGAAUAAUAGAGAAAGCCAUUCAGGUGCUCGAUACAUAUUUUAUAAAUUAUUGCUUUUAAAUGCUGAUUAUUAUGAUUGUUUAAUAUAAUUAAAGUGCUUGAUAUAUUAAAAGUUAAUAGUUAUAUGCUGUGCUGUGCAUUGUGAAAAUACAUUUAUAAUUAAUAAUUACUUUCACAUGCUGUGCAUUGUGAUUAGAAGCCAUUUAAGUGUUUGAUAUAUCGAAAAUCAUUAGUCAUAUGAUAUGCGAUGGAUUUUCAUGAGAAAGAUAGUGAAAUCCACUCAAGUGUUUGAGACACUUGCUGCUUUAAUAUAUAUGCUGUGCAUCGUGAUUUGAACUUUUAGGUCGAAUCGACCAUUAAAAGUAUAACUGUGAAAAGAUGGUAAUAUCUAAAAACAACAAUAAAAGUUAAUAAAUUUGAAA